GGCCUGUGGCUCUAAAUGAGUCCUUGACAGCUGUGUUUACAAAAUGGCGUCACUACAUGGUUAUCCGAAGUGGUUACUUAAUUCGAAAGAAGAAAUUACAAAAUCAAAGGAAUGGAACUCUUUUGUUCAUGAGUUACAUGAAGCCAUACAGCAACAGCUGACAGAAAGUCAUGUUCAGUAUUUCACAGAUUUGUCGGAAGCGGAAAAAACUUUGUUUAUGCAGCGAGCAACCAAAGCCUUAGAAGGAAGUUCUUCCUCGAAAAACUUGUUCAAUAAAGUCUCUGGAGUCAUGGAUCAGCAACUUAACAGUCAAGUAGGUCAGCAGUUACUUGAUGACAGUCCCACAGACACCAGGCCAGACCUUGUUAUCGAAGCUGCUGAAGAAGGAGUUAUAAGUCUUCUGAAGCGGUGGCCAGAUAUGAAAAGCAAGCUGCAUGUCUGUUUUAAUCAGCCACUUGUGGAGCCUAUGAGGCAACUUGCUUGGCAUCUUUAUCUGAGCAAUCCUCGCAUUCGUAAGACCUAUGUUGAACUUCUGAAUGACAAUCCUCGUGCUGCGAUAUCUCCGCAUGACAUUGAAAUCUCACAGAAAGUUGAACAAAUGGUUCUGUCUGAGCCAACAUUCAGUGAAUUGAAAGGAUCUGUGGGUGCCUUCUAUGCAAUGAAAGCUACUUUGUCUUAUCACCAUAGCAGACAACAGACAAACAACAGACUUAAAGAUAUAGACUACUUCCUGGUGGUACCAUUUGUUGUCGUAGCUGGCAGCAAUCUGUCGAGAAGAGAACCAGCGUCUGGUAAAGCUGUGGCCCUAAUAGUGGAAGAGUAUUUAACCUACAUGAGUUCUAGACCUGGAUUUGUCAUUGACUCUGGUUCUGCUCUUCACAAUGAAGAAUUGAAAGGUUUUGUCUCUAAAGUUGCUGCCAUUCUGGAGAAACAUUAUCCAGAUGUGUCAUCAGUCAUUGCUAAAACUUACAUUCCAGCCCGUGAAAAAAUUGUGGCCACAGAAAAAGGUUCUAAAGCUUUGUUGCUCGAAGGUCUUCAGGAACUUAUUCGUCCUAUGGUCAGAACCAUGUUGAUAGGUUACCUGAAGUUUGACACCCUCUUGUAUGUGUGGGACCAGUAUAUUCUUGGACUCAAUGUGCCAGGUUUUAGUGCAGAGUGGUUGGCUGUCGUCAUAGCAACUGUCCUAGGCCUGGAGCAUGACAAACUGAAAGAGUGUCAGUCGCCCUUGGCCAUGGAGACAGUAUUAAAUAGAGACAGUCCUUUAUUGACAGUGCAGCAGUUUCAGUUUCAGGUGAAGCGUUAUCAUUAUAGAGAAUUAUUUGCAAUGUUGACUGCCGAUCAGAAAUCUGCCAUGCCAGUCCUUGACCCAACGCAAUCCAUCCACCCUCCAUGGAGACAUUGGUAUAAUGACCAAGUUCCUCCGUACACCAAACCGCAGGACAGGAGGAAAGCAAGGGAGGGAAGAGAGGCAGAGAGGGAGAGACUAUUACAGCAACAGAGAGAUGCCGAGCGUAACAAGAAGGAAGGAGAAUUCAGAGAAAGGAAAGCGAAUGAAGAUGAACUCAUUAAAUCAACAAUGAUUGAACGAGCUCGGCUUGAUAAAGAAAAGUUUGACCUGGAGAAUCAACUUCAAGAGGAAAGAAGAAAAAGAUUGGACGCUGAAAGAAAAGCAAAGGAAGAAAUUGAACAACUCAGAAGAGAACUAGACAUUUUAAGGAAACCAAAAUCUCCCAACCCUUCAUUAUAUAGUACAGCCUCUUAUGUCAGUCGAUUACUGAUUCCGCCUCCUCCGACACCUUACUCAACAUAUAUGGGAAUGUCAACGAUUCCCGAGUCCCCAUCACAUACUCCUGCUCCAACAUUAAACCCAAAAGCUCAGGCAGAUGAAGUUAUUCUGGAUUUUUUGAAAAAAGUUUCUCAAAGCAUGAAUACAAUUGCCAGUGGUGUCGGCACAGAGGCAGACCAGCUGGACCAAGCAACUGAGAAAUUUAUUUACAACAAUGUUCAAGACAUCAAAAGAGCACAGACUGAAGUAUUUGGGCACAGGUUACAGCCUGGAGAGUUUGAAAAAAUGGACGCCCAAAAACAGAAGAAAGCAAGUGAUCAAAUCAUGGAAUUAAUUCAGAAGUGGCGAGAGGACAGAGGAGCUAGAGACCUUGGAAAGGGGAAGUAAUCUAAACACCAAUACUUUGACGGUUUAUACUUUAGAGCUAAACUGUUGUAGGAAAUUUUGACAGAAAUAAAGACAACUUUUUUCUUCCUGUGUUGAAAAGACAAUACUAGGACAGAAAUAAAGACAACUUUUUUCUUCCUGUGUAGAAAAGACAAUACUAGGACAGAAAUAAAAGACAACUUUUUUCCUCCUGUGUAGAAAAGACAAUACUAGGUUGUCGACUUGGUGCAAACUAAUUUGUUAUCUUUAAUUAUUGUAUCUUACAAAAUGCUGUUUAGGUAUGUCCACUAUUGUUUUACAUGGUAAAAUCAUUGUUGAUGCUGUCUCUACCUUGUAAGUCUGUUGAUCUACAUUCCGUCCUUUGGUAUUUAAGAAAUUAUUGUCAAAACAUUCAAAUAUAUUUUUACAUGUUUAUACAAGAUGCUUAUUUCUUUCAUGCCAAGUAUUUAUAUUUGUAUAUAUUUAGAUAUUUAUAUUAUUUAUUUUGUUUAAACCUUUAUCAAGAUAAAUAAUUUAUUAAUGAAA